CGUUUUAGCAAGCAGUUAGCAAAAGCAUGGCAUUUGAGAUUUGAUUUUUGUUAAUCGAAGGCAGCCAUAUUACGGCGCCCUCUACUCUAUUUGCGGUUUUCUGUGGGUGUUGCAAGAAGCCAGGCUUGGAACAGCACAACGACCCAAGCGGUGGAUUUAAACGAAAACAGCGACCUGCUCGCGCGAGAACACGAGCUACACGAGCACGAGCGCGUCUUUUCUUGUUGGGCGUGGCCAGUGAAAUGAGCGCACCGCUGCAACCAGCAGCCUCGGACAUCCGGAGCUUCACCUCGCACCACAAGACCAUGUCGACCACAGAGGUCGAUGCGGUGCAUCCACUUGCGAAGUCUCUGCUGAGCCAAGGAAGGCGCCCUGCGCUGUCUGACCUAGUGAACAACGGUUGCUCUGCUGGCGCUCCCAGCGAAAAGACAAGCAGCGUGGACCAAAAGCCGUCACCAACAGGCUGCUCCAGCGAUGGGACCAAGCUGCGCCCUGUGGAAGUUCACAGUGCCACCGCGCGAACAUGCCUGAACGUCCCAAGUCCCGAACCGGUUGCGCCCAGUCCAGAGGACAUUGCUCAGAGUCCCGAAGAGAAAGCUGGGAACCUCUCCAUGGAAGUGAUGCACACCAAGCUUGACUGCUCGGAUGAGCUAUACGUGCUGUCGGACGAAUCGUCCCUGGCUGUGGCAGAUGAUGCUCCGGAGGACAGCUUACUGUCGUCCCUCACUGCGCCUGGCACGGAUCAUCUUGUUCAAGGAGUUCCAGACCACUUGGAGCUCGAGCCCGUGAAGGACUGCUGCGAAACACCCGAAUUUCUUGAACCAGUCCCGGACGUGCCGGUCCCAGAGUUGGAACUCAGUGCGGAUGAGUCUUCCGACCCCGAUGAAGAGUCUGGCAUAGAAACCAUGCACCUGUGUGACGAUGAAGAGGGCUUAGACGAGCUGCCAGACGAGUUCAAACUGGACGACAAGCUUUUCGAGGUGUUUAGGAACGUGUGCGGCGUAAGGUUGCACCAGAAGCGCAGCGUGCCGGUCAUCCCAUCAACGCCCCCGCCGUUUGCAGCUUCACCUACUCUGGAUCUGGGCUACUUUGAAGAUGACUUUGUGGACCUCAACACCAUCGAAAAGCCUAUACAAGACGAGCUUCAGUACGUGCCACUGGACUGACCGAGCGCCACCGAAGACCUUGUAACCAUGACUUGCAGUCCAUGUUGGCACCUGAUUGACUCAGCAGUGCCGAGUGUGCUCAGUUUUUAAGACCUUUUUUCUUCUUAGAGUGCAGGUAGGAAAGGACAGCACAUAAUCUGAACUUCCUCAAUUCUGUGUGGCUGCUUCACUAAAAAAAACCCAUAAAUGUGGGAUCUCAGAUUAUGUGUUGGGCCUGCCGACAAGUUUCUGGCACAGCAUUCAGGCUUUCGGAAUGCACCUGUAUAGGCUGUAAAUAAAAUACUCUUCUAAACACCAAAGCAAUGUAUUUGAACCAGAGUUGCUAGUGUGGCUGAUGUGGCCCAACUCUUUGCCCCCCUUUGCCCAGACUCCACAACCUCAUCGCUGAAGGUAUAAAGAAACCUAGUGUUCAAAGCUUACAUGGUUUGAAACGAAAUUUCCCAGCAAUAACGCAUUCUUUAUGCAUUGUUUCCUGACCUCUGCUUGCAUUCCUGCAAGUGCUAAGCAGGGCUUGGGCCUUUUAACUCGAUAGUGGAAGAAAAGAGAUGGUUCACUGUUGCUGGGGUGUGCUGUUGGCAUGAGCACUGUGCUGCCUUUUCAUCCACUUGAAUUUAUUUUAUUAUAAGUACGACCAUGUAAUUGUAUAGUUUCUAUUCAAUUAAAGAAACGUCCUUGGCA